UGUUUGAAGACAUGUUUUGUAUUUUCAGCGCAGUUCGGUACAAGUCCUGUUUGUAGUCUGGAAAAGGUGGAAUAGAUAACUUUAGCAUGUUGUUGCUCAUAUGCGAGGUAAAUGAACUCUGGAAUGGUCCUUUAGGAAAUGAGUACGUAUUCAUUUACCGCAAUGCAACUUUCAAGUCUCGUCUACGAGACUACCAUUUCCUUGGUACUCCACCGAAGUCGUGUGUGCAAUACAGAAAAGAGAAGGGGUUCACCCGUCCCCCCAGGGAGCGGGGGGCGCUGCGGAGACUCGGUCACUGGACACCCGUCGUUUCUUCACUGAGCUCCACGGGCCUCCUGAACUUGAACCGCACGUUUUCGAGCACAGUGUGCAAAUUAAAGAGAAAGAAGCACAGCGCCGAAGAAGAAGGUGUCCAGGGGGGUGCGGACGUUCAUGAGGACUUUGAUAUCCUUGAGGACAGUGAGGUCGAAGAGCUCUUUCAGCAGCAGCACAUUCUCACUAAAGUUGGUAGUGAAGAUCACAGAGUUUUGGUCGUGCAUCCAGAUGUGAAGUGGGGCAGUAAGAAACCACAGCUUACUACAGCUGAACUUAUGAUGGCGGAGGCUGUUGGCCUCGUGAACACCCUGCAGAACUGGACAGUGCUGGACAAGGUCAUACUUUCCACGAAGGCCCCCGACAGGAGGACAAUCUUCGGAAAGGGCAAUUUCAAGAUUCUCACAGAGCGGAUCAAGGGAAAGCCACAGAUUACCGCUGUGUUUGUGAAUGUAGAGCGUCUCAGUCCCGCGUCAGAGCGAGAGCUGGAGGAAGCCUGGGGUGUGAAGGUGCUGGACAGGUACUCGGUUGUCCUUCACAUCUUCCGCUGCAAUGCCCGCACCAAGGAGGCCAAGCUGCAGAUUUCUCUUGCCGAAAUUCCCCUUCUCAGGUCUCGGUUGAAAGAUGAGGUGGCAAAAUUAGAUCAACAAGGAGGCGGUUCCAGAUAUAUUAUGGGUUCAGGGGAAACCUUUAUGGAGGUGCAGCAGAGGCUCCUGAAGGAGAGGGAGUUGAAGAUCCGCUCUGCCCUGGAGAAACUGCGCAAGAAGCGACAGCUCCUCCGCUCCCAGCGCAAGAGCCGAGAGUUCCCCGUUGUCUCCGUCAUGGGUUACACUAACUGUGGAAAGACCACCCUGAUAAAAGCCCUAACAGGGGAUGUCAAACUCCAGCCACGAGAUCAGCUUUUUGCCACCCUUGAUGUCACUGUACACGGGGGCCAGCUUCCCAGCAGGAUGACCGUGCUUUAUGUGGACACCAUAGGCUUCUUGUCCCAGCUACCCCAUCAGCUCAUCGACUCGUUCUCCGCCACCCUGGAGGAUGUGGCCCACUCGGACCUGAUAGUGCAUGUAAGAGACAUAAGCCAUCCAGAGACUCUAAACCAGAAGGUCAAUGUUCUGAACGUCCUGAAGAACCUGCAGAUCCCCGAGUGUCUGAUGAACUCCAUUGUGGAAGUUCACAACAAGAUAGACCUCGUCGACAAUUACGAGCAGAGUGAACCAGAUGCAGUGCCAGUGUCUGCUCUGAAGGAGCAGGGUUUGGAGGAACUGAAGCAAAGAAUCGAAGCAGCAAUAGUGAAAUCAACCGGCAAACACAUUCUCACUGUAAAGGUGGAGCUCAGUAGCGCCCAAUUAAGCUGGUUGUACAAGGAAGCCACGGUGCAGGAGGUGGACGUGGUGGCGGAUGAAGGGACGGCCCUUGUCAAGGUCAUCAUCAGCAACGCGGCAUAUGGGCGAUACAGGAAGCUCUUCCAGACUAAUUAGGAGCGCAGUCACCCUGCUGUGUGACAGCCACAUGUCCUUGGCGAAGACACCGAAAUGAAACGCCGAGAUACUGUCUGAAAUUUCACUGGGUCUUAUCUGAAUAUAUGCUCCUUUGUAUCAGACGACCUUUAACGAUUGCGAUCAGCGGAUCGUUCAGACUUUUCCGAUGUUUCAAACCAGUAAACGUCGCUAAGUGAAGAACUGCGAAGACGAGGCAUAGAGG